GUUUCCACCUGAGCGGCAUCGUGACGGAGCCUCCAGGCCCCGCCGAGCCCGAGCACAGCUACCACGUCUCCAUCAGCUUCGACCGCUGCAAGAUCACGUCGGUGAGCUGCGCCUGCGACAACCGGGACAUCUUCUACUGCGCCCACGUGGUGGCGCUCUCCCUGCACCGCAUCCGCCACGCCCGCCAGGUGGAGCUGCGCCUGCCCAUCUCGGAGACCCUGUCCCAGAUGAACCGGGACCAGCUGCAGAAGUUUGUGCAGUACCUGAUCAGCGCCCAUCACACGGAGGUGCUGCCGACGGCUCAGAGGCUGGCGGACGAGAUCCUGCUGCUCGGGUCCGAAAUCAACCGAGUGCACGGUGCCCCCGACCCCACGGCUGGGGCCGGCAUCGAGGACGCGAACUGCUGGCACCUGGACGAGGAGCAGAUCCAAGAACAGGUCAAGCAGCUUCUCUCGAACGGCGGCUACUACGGGGCGAGCCAGCAGCUGCAAUCCAUGUUCAACAAGUGCAUCCGGUCAGCCCGUCUCGGUCCUGCUGCCCCCGGCGCCUUGUGGGUGUGCGUGGUCCUGAGUCCCCACUGCAAGCUUGAAGAGCGGGCUCUCUGGCUGCAGCUCCUCAAGAAGUGGAACAAGCUGGACAUCUGCCCGCUGGAGGAGGGCAACUAUUCCUGCGACAGCACCGGGUCUGGCGCCGCCCUGCCGUCCAACUUGAACCGCAGCCCAGCAGGCGCCCGGCAGACGGUCUUCGGCCGGGCCAUCAAAGCGGCGGAGCUCCGCUGGGGCGACGGCCACCUGCAGAAGAUCCUGAGCAGCGACUGCUAUGGCCUCUCGCUGAAGAGUGGGAGCGACAAGCUGGGCUUCGACCCCCAGGGCCACCCCCUCUGGCUGGGCGACGCCUUCCCCACAGCCUGCGCCCGCGUGGACGCCCUGCGCUCCCACGGCUACCCCCGCGAGGCCCUGCGCCUGGCCGUGGCGGUCGUCAACGCCAUGCGCUUGCAGCGGCGCCACCAGCUGGAGAGCUACAAGCAGCAGAAGAAAGAGCUCCUACACAAAGGCACGACCAGCAUCACCAACCUGGAGGGCUGGGUGGGACACCCCCUGGACCCCAUCGGCUGCCUCUGCCGCACCUUCCUGGAGGCCUGCCGGACGGAGGAUGAGGGGCUGGCCCUCUUCGCAGACUCGGCCGCGGAGCCGAAGAAGGCGCUGUACCAGCACGUCCCGGUGCCCUCGAGCCCCGGCGAGUCGUACUUCACGCUGGCCCUGGAGGUGGCCCUGCUGGGGCUGGGGCAGCAGAGGUCCAUGCCGGAGGGACUGUACGCCCAGGACAAGGUGGUGCGCAGCGAGGAGCACCUCAUCGGGGUGCUGGAGGAGAUGGAGCUGGACGAGCGGCUGGUCCCCGUGCUCCGCAAGCAGGCCGCCCUCCUCCUGGACGGGGGGCCCUUCAGCGGCUUCGGGGAGGUCGUCUUCCGCGAGAGCGUGCCCAUGCACACGUUUGCCCGCUACCUCUUCACCGCCCUGCUGCCCUACGACCCCGAGCUGGCCUACCGCCUGGCACUGCGAGCCAUGAG